GGCUGCGAUGUGCAUGGCGGCGCCCAAGAUGCGCAUCGUCCACGCCGUGCUUCGCACUUCGACCUUAUGUUACAAAGGCUUCGUAUUCUACUGCUGCCCGAAGGAAAUUCCAUCGGGAUCUUUCUACCAGACAAGGUGUCGCGAUCGUCCCUGUGUGGUUUUGAUUCCAGAAAGUGGAACAGUGUCUGAUGCGGGACCUAGUGAUAGAGAAGUGAAUGACAGUGACGAGGAGAACUUGCCAACGAGGGUCCUAACAACAGAACUUCCAAGCGAUAACGAAACUGAAGGCAGAACGCCCGCCUGUCCACUUCUGUCAACGUCAAGAAAGAAGCAAAAGUCACCGCCGCAAGUUUUUGACUGGGGAGAAGAAGACCGGUGUUUUCUGGAGCCUGCGGAACCCAUGUUUACGGCCUCUGAUGGUGUCAAAUGCCGACUGAAAUAUUUUCAAGUUUUCAUUGAUGACAAGCUGCUGACGAUUGUUGACGAGACAAACCUGUAUUCUUUCCAUCAGGCUAUUGCAUAUAGGUAAACGUUUGUUACACUGUGCCAACAUGCUUACGCAAAGUACAUAUUAUUUGAAGUGAAUCGUUGCAUCGCCCCUUCAAUUAAGCACCUUAUAAAAUCAAAUGUGGUGUUUGAGCUCUGUACAUCUUAUUUAAUUUUAAAAGAAAACAUGUUUUCAUUCAACACCACACAUAUAUCCGUAAUGUGUGCUCACCAGAGGCACCCUGGUGUGCAUGUCAGGCCAGUUUAGUGUGCCUUGGUGUGGACAUUAGACCAGUCUGGUGUGGCGUAGUGUGUACAUCAAGCCAUUCUGGUGUGCUGUGUUGUGCACAUCAGACCAGCCUGGUGUGUUUUGAUGUGCACAUCAGACCACACUAGGAUGAUGUGAUGGGCACACCUAACCAGCCUGACGUGUUCUGGUGGGGACAACAGAACACGUUAGGCUGGUCUGAUGUGCGCACCAGAACACACCAGGCCGGUCUGAUGUUUACGUCAGAAAACACUAGGACACACCAAACCGGUCUGGUGGAUUUUUCAAUAGGGU